UGGCACUGGGUCGCACCAGGGUCUGGACCUAGCGGUGCCCCCCCAUCCUCAGGCCUGAUUCUGCUGACGGGGCCCAACCCACCAUGAGAUAAUGCCAUUCCAGAGGGAUCGUGGCUAAAGCCUCUCUUUCUGGCUCUCAGGCAUAUAAAGAGGAGGCAGCUGCAGAGUGGAGGACAAAGCACCCUGGAACCAUUCUUCACUAACUGCUUCUGAUCAUCACUCUGUUCUCGAUUCUCAACUCCGCUCCUUCACCUGCUGGACUCUGAGCUGAGCGUCUGCCAACCUGAGCCAAACCAAGCCAAACCAGACCAACCUGUCUCCAGUCAUUAUGGAUAUUGCCAUCCAGCACCCCUGGUUCAGACGUGCCCUGGGCUCGGUCUACCCUGCCCGACUCUUUGACCAGUUUUUCGGAGAGGGCAUGUUUGACUACGACCUCUUCCCCUACACCACCUCCACCAUCAGCCCCUAUUACAGACAGUCGCUGUUCCGCAACUUUUUGGAUUCUUCCAACUCCGGCAUCUCUGAGGUGAGGUCUGACAGGGAUAAGUUCACAGUCUACCUGGACGUCAAGCACUUCUCACCUGAUGAGCUCAGUGUGAAGGUCACCGAUGACUAUGUGGAGAUCCAGGGCAAGCAUGGAGAGAGACAGGACGACCACGGUUACAUCUCUCGUGAGUUUCAUCGCCGCUACCGCCUCCCCUCCAGCGUUGACCAGUCAGCGAUCACCUGCACCCUGACAGCUGAUGGCAUGCUGACCCUGAAUGGGCCAAAGGUCACAGGGGGGAGCGAGUCCGGACGCAUCGAGCGCAGCAUCCCCGUCACCCGUGACGACAAGCCCAACGCUGCUGCGUCCUCCUAGAGGCUAAGUGACGGUGGGGGUGACCAGGGUAUUGAUGUGGCUCGGGCCCCCCCCCAACAACUUGCAUCGACCGGGAUGGACGACCACAGAAUUCUUCUUCUCCCUUUCCCUUAGAGGAUAUCUGUGUCCUCCUCGCUUCACUUUCUGUAGUUUCUUCUUAGCACUCAUACAGUAUUAUUAGUAUCAUUGUUUGAGUAUAACAAAAAUCAGCCCAUGAGGGUGGUUAAGUGAGGGGCGGCGGGAGUUUUUAAGGAGAAACGUCAUCUAAGGACGAGACAUUCACACGACCUGACACUUCAUUCUGCUGAUUGUCGUUGAUUUGUUUCAGAGCGAGCCCUCUGACAGUACAGAUAGUUGGGGUUAAGCUUGGAGGUAAAUGUCUCACAUGUCUUGUCCCAGAUAAUCCAUCAGUAAAGUUCUCUGAGGCCCUGGCUGCUUUCAUUCUUGUGCUGACUCUGAACCCUCUCCUCUUUUGUCUUACAUAUAUCCUGUACUGUAGUCUAGGCCUUGUUCAAUGGAUACCUGCUCAUGACUGAGAAGUCCAUACUAAAGAAACAUAUAAUAAAGCUGUACAAUUAACCAAA